GGAGGAACCAGCGGAGGGAGCUACAAGUCAGAACGUUGAUGUUGCAGAUGUUGGACUCCAGUUGUCAAGGCAGACAUCUGUUCACCUCUGUGUGUUUACACUCCUCACGCUUCCUUGAAGUUAGCGUUCGGCCUUUUCAUGUGACACUAAAUAUCUGCGUUUCUGCAUGACCUUCAGACUAUUUCCUGGUUAAUUACCUAUGUAUAUAAGGCUGCUAGUGUCUCCUCUGGACUCAUCUUCCCGAGUAUCCAGCUUACCAGCCAAUCUCUGCACCCUUCAAAAGGGUGUUUGCAGAUUGGAGGGAGAACGCAGAAGGAGCAUGGAGAAGCUCAUGGGGACGAGACUUCUUCUAGCGAUUCUGAUAAUGCAGGUGACGGUCCUGGAGUUGGCCGGGGCCGUGGAUAUGCUUUUCUGGUCUCGUGGGCGCUGCACGGGAAUCGUCAAUCCUCUGUGUGACAGCAUCAGAGCAGGAAAGUGCUGCAACUCCCACAAAGCAAGACAAUCGGUGCAAGUGAAAGCCAUGCGGGGCUGCUACUCGACGACCACCUUCAAGAGUGGCGGAUGCAACGAGACCGUCACCACCAUGAGCGGCAACGUCUGCUUCAACAGCGCAGGUCCUACCUACACAGGCGCAGUCUGGUUCAACAACUGCCUGCACAGAGCUCUGCUGACCGAUAAACGCAAAAAAUCAAGAGCAGACUGCUCAAAUCACUCCAAACCAGCCACUCACAUUAACGUCGUGCACUACAGAGACGAUCCUACGAAGGGCAUCUGGACCCUUAGACGAGCCAAUGCAACUGGUGCUGAGCUAUACGAGCAGCUGGAGAGUGUGCCCGAUGCAGAGAAAGUUGCCUGGUUGAAAAGCCAGGGUGCUACCUACGAUUUUGAAACGGAAGGAGAACUGUCUACCUUCGUGGACACCUACUAGUUGCGGCAGGUGAAUUUGACUGAGGUCUGGAUGGAAUUGAGGUUAGUACACAAAUUUUUUUCCUGCCUACCUGUAGUAUUUAUUAAAGCAGGAGUGCAUGGUAAACUAGUCUGAUAGAGUAAAGCUGACCAUUGUCAUAUACAUACAUAUCCAUUGAUGGCUCUUACAUUUACUGCACAUAAAGACGAGUAGCAACCCUAGGAACCCUCGAAAAGUUUUGCACAUUAGGUCCACAUUCAGCCUCGGAACUGCAUCGAGACUUUGGCUACUUUGGUUCGGCAGGUUCUGUGUACUCAGUGAUACUUGGAUAAGGAGUAUAAUGUCCAUGUUGAAGCCUCACAUGACAUCAGUUGCAACUCUAGGCUCCCCAUCAGGAUUUGGCCUGAAAAAUCCAUGCGGUGACAACUUUCUCGAAUAUUGUAAUUACUUCGCUUAGAACAAAAUUGAAAAUAGUACAAU